AGAGAGCGCAGCGAGCUGAUCAGAGAGAAAGCGCUCUGCCAGCCUCGCUACUACAAAUCGCAAUCACUUCCUAACCUCCCCCUUUUUUACAUAUUUGAUCACUUUGAUUCUCUGAUCUCUUUCUUAUUAUUUUUACGUGCAUGAAGGAGGUUCUAUAGGUUGUGAUCUUUUUUCAUUAGUAGCCUACUCUUGCUUGCCGGAGAGUUGACUUCAUCUUAUUUGACUGAAGCACUUGCUUUCGGCUGCACGCUGUUGUUGCCUCAAUAAGAAGAGGAAGAAACAGAAUCGUUUCUCUUUUUUUGCCAGUAAAUGGUUCUCUCCGGAACUUCUCAAGGAAUUUGGGAUCGAUCGCUCACUGCUGGUGUGUUUUUAGAGUUGACUUUGGCUUCAUUUUUAUAUAUUUUUUUCUUCUUCUUUUUGUGCAUCAGCAGCAUCUGUACUUCAUUGGCUCUUCGUCCAUUCCCUGUUCCCUGUGUAUAUCGGUUGUCUUUCUUUUAUUAUCACUUUUUUCUUUAUCGGUUUUCGUUCAUGGGGUUUCUGAAUGGCUCCCUGCAAGACUCUGGAUUUGGCCUCUGAGUGCGUGGCUACUGCUCAGUUAUUCAAUCCAUCAGGUUUAAAACAUCACCUAACGCGUUUCUUCGUUUAAAGGAAAAAAAUAGAUGUUUUCUUUGCUUAAGUAAAGUGUCAGAACAUAGCAUAGAAAACAUAGAGCAAUCGUUUAUGCAUCUUUAAUGAUCUCUGCUCGACCGGUUACAGUUUGCUGCGUUAUUCUGAAACUAUAAAACACUACGAUACCAAAAAACGGGAGGCAAAAAGUUUAUUAACGUUGACUGAUAGAUAUGGCAAUGGUAGUGUGGAGGGGCUCCCAGGACGAUGUCGCCGAGACGCAGGGCACCCUCUCCUCGCAAGCCCCUCAAGGAGGACCGCUGUCGCUCCCCACUCCUCAACCAGGCCAGCUGAACCUUGGAGGUUCCCAGGUCGCCGCGCCGACCCCACAGACAACCGUUCAGGGUGGACCACCGAACAACACGACACAGUCUACGCAGUCGAACCAGACGACCCAGAGUCAGGCAGAAAAACAACCCCAGCACAUCGAAUGCGUUGUUUGCGGCGACAAAUCUAGCGGUAAACACUACGGUCAGUUUACAUGCGAGGGGUGCAAAAGCUUCUUCAAACGGAGUGUACGGAGGAACCUCAGCUACACAUGUCGUGCCAACAGGAACUGUCCUAUCGACCAGCACCACCGCAAUCAGUGUCAGUACUGUCGCCUAAAAAAAUGCCUCAAAGUUGGCAUGAGACGGGAAGUUUCUCUUUUUACUGCAGCGGUACAACGAGGACGGAUGCCACCCACGCAGCCACACCACGGUCAGUUCGCCUUGACAAACGGGGACCCCCUACACUGUCAUUCCUACCUAUCCGGAUAUAUUUCGCUUCUUCUGAGAGCGGAGCCCUACCCUACAUCCCGAUAUGGCAGUCAGUGUAUGCAGCCGAACAACAUCAUGGGCAUCGAGAACAUUUGCGAACUGGCGGCCCGGAUGCUCUUUAGCGCCGUGGAGUGGGCAAGGAAUAUCCCCUUCUUUCCCGACCUACAGAUUACGGACCAGGUGGCCCUUCUGAGGCUGACCUGGAGCGAGUUGUUUGUUCUGAACGCUGCACAGUGUUCCAUGCCACUGCACGUGGCGCCUCUUUUGGCGGCGGCGGGCCUGCACGCAUCUCCCAUGUCAGCGGAUCGAGUUGUCGCCUUCAUGGACCACAUUAGGAUCUUCCAAGAACAAGUUGAGAAGCUGAAAGCUUUGCACGUCGACUCUGCCGAAUACAGCUGCUUAAAAGCCAUUGUGCUUUUCACCUCAGAUGCUUGCGGUCUUUCAGAUGUGGCUCACGUGGAAAGUUUGCAAGAAAAAUCGCAAUGUGCUCUGGAGGAGUACGUCCGGAGCCAGUACCCCAACCAACCUACACGAUUUGGGAAGCUCUUACUUCGCCUGCCCUCUCUUCGCACGGUCUCCUCUUCGGUCAUAGAACAGUUAUUUUUCGUCCGUUUGGUAGGUAAAACCCCGAUUGAAACCCUCAUCAGAGACAUGUUGCUUUCCGGAAGCAGUUUCAACUGGCCCUACAUGUCAAUUCAAUGAGCAGGAUGAGAACAUGAGGAGUCCCAGACGACACUAGUUAUCGCUUCUUUUAGAAGGAAAACCGCUGUUACACACGUUUACUUACACGAAGACAAUUUGUAAACUGACUGUGAAUUAAAGAAAAACAAACCGAGACAUUCAGUAAACUUUUACAGUUCAGACAAAAGCUCCCGUGUCAUUCUGAACAACUUGCUACUCUUUUUUUUUCGGUAAAGCCUUUCAGAAUUGAAAUUAUAAAGUGCAUUUAAAAGGAGAAUUUUGUUAAAAUUAGGAGAAAACGUAAAAACUUAGUUAUCUUUUCCAAAUUAUUAUUGUCCUGUGUCAAUGUAUCUAUAGCUGUUUUGUAUUUAUUCUCCUUCGUGGUUCCAAACCUGCUGAUGUGAUUCUAUAGUAUAAAGUUUAAAAUAUAACCAUGGCUUCAUAAGUAAAACAGUGUAAGAAAUCUAUUCCGAGAGAAUUAAAACUAAAUCAACGGCAAUAUGUGUACAAUGCGUGAUACUGGGCGCGUGAUACAUUGGUCUUUUGAAUAGUUCACGUUCCGUUUACUUUUAGCGACCCAAAAAUAGAAGGAUUUCAGUCGAUAGGAAAAUAUAUUGUUAGGAACUGGGGAUUUCUUUUUAAUAGCACUAUUUAAAGCCUAGUGUCAAAUAUGCUCAACGCUUCAGCUGAAGCGAUUUCAAUCAUUUUAUCAUACAAUGCAACCUUAACGUUUUAUUUUCUAACGCUUUCAUUGCAUUGGUAGAACAAGGACCAUUUCCCCAUAUUCCUAAAUUUGAUAAGGCGCUUUUGACCUAGAGUGAAUUAAUGCAGAGUGUUCAACCGAACAAAUUACAUGAUUAUUUUACAAGUUAACAUUAAGAGAUUAAACAAUGAGAUUAUGUUUUUGUAUCAAAUCAACCAUUUAAUAGGGGGUGUGAUUGGCUGGUGGCUGUAGUGUAUUGUUCUGCUAAUUUAAGAUGGAAGUAUUGGCGAAUCAACAUUAAAAAAAAAAAAAAAAGUUUACAGACUUGCACGAUGUGACAAGUGACUCUAAAUCAGUUUUCCAUAGCGUAUUAUAUGCCAUUUUAUAUCUCUGUCAGUCUAACGAAUGCUUACCACCGAUAAAAAUGUUUGGUAAUUUAAUAACUUAAAAUAAGCAGAGAAGGGUCAAGGGUCACUUUACCUUUUCAUAUUAGAGCUAAUAUAUUUUUCAGAAGCAGUGUUAUGUUCUCUGAACUGUCAAAAUGUAAUACACUAAAUAAUGCCCAAUACACUUCAAGCAUCAAGUGCCUGUAAAGAUGGAAAUUUUUAAUUUACUUUUAAAUUGGUUAAUAAAGUGUUAUGAACCUGGGGAACAGUCUAAGGUUUGAAACAUCAGUCUUAUGAUUGUGCAUUUCACAUACAAAAGACAGCAAUUAGAAGCAGUAUUGUUGUAAAUAUAGGUCAAUUCUUUUCAAUGAGUUCUCUUUUAUACAAAGUAUAUGUGAUUAAGAAAAUCUGUGGUUGCCAUUUUUUAUUUGGUAAUACAACAUGUCUUCAAAAUGAGUGACAGACUUAGCCAGUAGCACUGAAAGCUGUUUUAAAUGUAUAUACAUAUUACAAAAAUGUUUUUUUUUUUUCUCUUUUCUUUUUUCUUAAAAAAAUGUAUUUAGACUGUGAAUGCAUGGCCACAGGUCACUAACCUAUUUUACAUUUCGAUUAUAUAUAUAUAUAUAUAUAUAUAUAUAUAUAUAUAUAUAUAUAUAUAUAUAUAUGUUUUUUACUGUAUAGAUAUAAUCUGUGCAUUCAGUACAAUAGCCCUUGUAUUUAAAAAAAAGAAACAAGACAUUCAGUAAUAAGACUUAACAGGGUUAGGUGAAUUGGUAAAAGAGGUGGGGGAACCACUAUUUUGGUUUAGUGUUUCACUCCUUUUCAACAAUAACCAAUGCCUUGUGUGUGUGAAAGCUUGCAAUUUUGUCUUUCUUUUGAGGGUUUUCUUCAACACACAAGUCACCAUGUUGUGGCUGGAUAAAAGGGAUCAUUAUAAUAACUAACUGAACAUUAUGUUUGGUUGUUCUAGGAUACAUAUGGACCAGAGAAUGAUACAUGAUUGUAAUUAUCACACACGAACACGCACACGCACACACACAGACAUAUAUAUAUAUAUAUAUAUAUAUAUAUAUAUAUAUAUAUAUAUAUAUAUAUAUAUAUACUAUUGCAGGGUAUUGAUAACGUAUAGAUACUUUAUUAUUAUUAUUAUUAUUAUUAUUAUUAUUAUUAUUGCAAGUGAUGUACGUGAGUGUGUGUGUGGAAGUUUAUAGUUGAAAACAAUUCUUGUUUGUUUGUGUUAGCUUAUUGUAAACAAGCAUUCUGCUGUAAAUUUGUUCUUGGUAUUAAAUUAUAAUUUAUGAAUUUGAAAUGAAAGGGUUUUCCUUGUUUUUUUGUUGCUUGCUGUUCAUAAUGAAUAGAGUGCUCUUUGCAGGCGUGAUAUUGAACAUGAACUAAAUAAGAAUAUCUGUGGUGUGUGUGUGUGUGUGUGUGUGUGUGUGUGUGUGUGUGUGUGAGAGAGAGAGAGAGAGAGUAUAAGAUUGAAUCCGCGGGAAAAUUAGUGUAGUUUUUUCUACUUCCUGGGUAGCAGAUGAAACAUCAAUGCGUUGGUCCGGCAAAGAUUCAUUUAAAACAAUUUGGCAUUCACUUCUUAUAACUCGUGUAACACCGCGUCGCCGUCUCCCAUCCCCUCGAUUGGUGACCCCCGCCCCCCUUCCAAACUGAAGAGAAUUCUAAAGGAAAAACGAUAUUGGCGUAUUUUGAACUGUCAUCGGCUUAGCACAAAUGACAGGCACCGCGACGUCUUAUUAUCGAUGGAAGGGUUCAUUGGAUUUUAAAUAGCUUACGUGACAAAAUAGGCCGCGGUGCUCCUCUUUCCUCGAUGAGUGGCAAGAACGGUUGAAUAAGCCGGUUUAAAGCAAACAUGACGGUCGUUCUGCCUCCUUACCUUCUCUGCAAAAUUCCCUAUUCAGAUCUGUGUUAAACUGUAUUUCGGGUUGUUAAUAGCGGAAAACCAAGCGUGUGAAAGUAUGCCUUUAAGCUUGCGUUUUACUUGGUGUCCUAUUAGUUGAGUCAACAUGGCGUCUCGAAAUGCAGUGCAAACUACGGCUCCCUGGAGCACAACAGUGUUGGUAAUAGAAAGCACAUUGCAAAAGAAGCAGACCCCCCUCCACCGGAACAGAGCGCAGAGCUUCAAUAAAGCUAAAUAGCGGCAAGGACCGGGUAUUUCUGUAUUAUUAUGUAAUGAAACAACCACCGUCUUCGGAAAAUUAAGUAAAAUUAAGAGUACCCUUUAACUGUUAAAUGUUUUGUUUUUUUUGCAUGUGGUGGCCAUCAUGGGGCAUCUGCAAUGAAAUAAGAAAUGUUUGUUUUCUUCAAGGAAAAAUAAAAGAAUAUAGUCUGCCUUUAAAACAAGCGUACACCAGGCGUAAAGCCGUUUUGUGCGUGACUUUUGUUUGUAUGAAGACAGAAAGUGUACCAAAUGCACGUGUGCUUUUCUGUCUGAACUUGCUUUCAUUCGGCAUCCUUAUAUUGUAUUAGGCAAUGGUUAAAAUGUUAUAUUUUUAUGACGUAAUGUGCAAUAAUUAGGAUAGAAUUCCCUUAGGCUAUAAUUCAUUUUAAGUGAUUUCACGCAUUUCAGCGCGCAGCGUUUAUUAUUAUUAUUAUUAUUAUUAUUAUUAUUAUUAUUAUUGCAGCUUCUUGCUGUUACACUAUUAUACAUUGGACCAAGCACCUAAAACAAAAAUGUCGUAAAGGGGACAAUAAUCCAUCGCUUCCCUACACAUUCCACGUCAGUGUCAAGUUUAUUUAUUUAAGUGCAUAUCACCCCCCCCCAACCCCCCCCCCCCCCCCCCCCCGCCACAAUCCCCCGGACCUCCUAUCCACCCCCACUUUUACUCCUCUAAUUUCAAAGGCGUCCCACUAUGUUUCUGUGUAAUUAAUGGUGAAAGUCUACAGAAUCUAAUUACGCAGUAAUUUUGGAGCAGUUAGUGCUGGGCGUGUGGUGUAACAAGCCUAAGACGAGGAAUGAUAUAUAGGUUUAUGAUUACUGAAUUAUUAUAAAUUCCCUACAGUUUUUCCCCCUUAUGAAUUUCUUAUCAAUACCUGUUUUUUUUUGUUUUAAGAAAAUGUAGGGAAAUUGGUUGCUUCAGUGUUAUCAGUGUUGUUCCACAAAGCGCAGUGUAAUGUCAUCUAAUAAUAAUAAUAAUAAUAAUAAUAAUAAUAAUAAUAAUUACGUUGCUUGGAGUGUGUGCGUGUGUAUUUGCAUUUAAGUCAUGUAAGAAGAUGUCAGAUUUAUUUAGAAAUAAAAUGUAAUAUUUUAUGGUGUGUGGAGUUUAACUGUGCUGCCUUUUUCUCAUCUCUUUAAUGAAAUAGUUUCAUGUUAGGAGAAUGGCCGGAGUAAGUUAGUAGUAAUUUGGAUCAUAGCUUGACUGGGUUGAUUUUAGCUGACAGAGCGUGUGUUGAGGCUAAACUCUGUAAUUUGCACUUCUGUUCUUUUAUUAGCGUUGGACAUCGAACUAAUGAGUUCUCCCUCUCUACAACGUCACUUUUAUUUAUUUAUUUCCGGAAAAAGAAAAUGCACUUUGUGGUACACUUGAGCAACGAGAAAGAACAAACAUAGAGCUUCUUGUCCUUUUCAGUAUCUAGGGUUUUAUAUGUAAGGACCAAAUAUAAAUUGAAAUAUUUGAACUGUGUAGGUGUGUGCAUGCACGUGCUCGCUUGUCACUAUAUGCUAACGUAAUAUAUUGUACAUGAAAUAAUGGGGAUGGAUAUUAACUUCCAUUAAAUGUUGUAUUUUCUAUUGUAUAUAAUAACACAUGAAUCACUUGCAUUUCAAAUGACGCUAUUUUCCUCGUUGUGUAUAGCCUGUGUUCGAUAUGCACGCAUAUUUCUUCAACGCCUGUUUAUUCCUAAGAUUUAACCGAAAACGUGUAUUCUGCUGGCGGCAAUUUUCUGAAUAAAAUUGAAGAGCAAAUGAUAAGA